AGCGCCUCCCUCUGCAGCCCAGAGCAGCUCCACGUCAGGGAGCGGCUCACUCAGAGAAAUUUAAACACAGAGCCGUCCACCACACCGGCAGACACGGGCAUCUCUCUGCUCCAAGGUCACCGAGCCCAACAGCGACUGCACGGGACGCGUACACACACACACACCUCCAUCCACCCCUCUCAAAAAAGUGAAUAGCCAGUGUUAAGGUGGGCCAGCGAUGGCGCCCCCAGCCACAGGUCCCACCGCCGUGCCCCCACCAGACGGCGGUUGGGGGUGGGCUGUGGUGCUCGGAUCUUUCAUCUCCAUAGGCUUCUCAUACGCCUUCCCCAAGGCCAUCACAGUCUUCUUCAAAGACAUCCAGGUCAUCUUCGAUGCCUCCUACAGUCAGAUCGCAUGGAUCUCCUCCAUCAUGCUUGCGGUCAUGUAUGCUGCAGGUCCCAUCAGCAGCAUACUCGUUAACAGGUAUGGCUGCAGGCCCAUCGUCAUGAUGGGGGGCUGCCUUUGUUCCACCGGCAUGAUCUUAGCUUCCUUCUGCACCAACGUGUUGCAGCUUUACCUCUGCAUCGGAGUUAUCGGUGGACUUGGACUAGCCUUCAACCUUCAGCCAGCCCUGACUAUGAUAGGCAAGUACUUCUAUAAGAAGCGUCCCAUUGCUAACGGGCUGGCGAUGGCAGGCAGUCCGGUGUUCCUCAGCACACUGGCUCCUCUCAACCAGUACCUCUUCAACCGUUUUGGCUGGAGAGGCAGCUUCCUCAUCCUGGGCGGCCUGUUGCUGAACUGCUGUGUGGCUGGUUCCCUCAUGAGGCCUCUGGGACCACCACCCAGCAAGGUCAAGAAGGAUGAAGAGUUGGCUGCCAUCGCCACUACAACGAAAGAGAAGCAAACUGCCUGGCAAAUAGUCAAUAGGUACCUAGAUUUAACGCUUUUCAAACAUCGUGGCUUCCUCAUCUACCUGUCAGGUAAUGUCAUCAUGUUCCUUGGCUUCUUUGCACCUAUUGUCUUCCUUGCGGCCUACGCGAAGGACAUGGGUGUGGAUGAGUACUCAGCUGCCUUCCUGCUUUCAAUCCUGGCUUUUGUCGACAUGUUUGCGAGGCCAUCCAUGGGGCUGCUGGCCAACUCGCGCUGGGUUCGGCCUAAGAUCCAGUACUUCUUCAGCUUUGCUGUGUUGUACAACGGGGUGUGCCACAUCCUCUGCCCGCUGGUGGAAAGCUACACCGGUCUGGUGGUGUACUCUGUGUUCUUCGGCUUUGCCUUUGGAAUGGUCAGCUCAGUGCUGUUUGAAACACUGAUGGACCUUGUUGGGGCUCAGAGGUUUUCCAGUGCUGUGGGACUCACCACCAUUGUUGAGUGCUGCCCAGUCCUCAUUGGUCCACCACUAGCAGGGAAACUGGUCGAUGUCACAAAAAAUUACAAGUACAUGUAUUUUUGCUGUGGAGCUGUCGUGAUUCUGGCCAGUAUUUGGCUCUUCAUUGGAAACUUCAUUAACUACAGACUCUUGGAGCGUGAGCGCAAACAUGCGGAAAUGUACAAACGAACUGAGACAGAAGAUCCGGACCAAGUUCAGCAUGAGAAGGAGGCUGAUGGGGAAGUCCAGGCCACUGAGGACCUGGUCAACAAAGAUAAGAAAGAUGAGGAACCUAUGCAGCGGGAAACCAACAUCUAGAGCCUUCUGCUCUGCCAACAGCUUCACCUCCAGCUCAACUUGCAACACCUUCGACUACAAUUAAACUGAGCUCCAAGCCGAGAGGUGCCUGUGGGUGUACCACCAGGCUUUUCGGGGUCCGCUGCACUUCUCUAAAACUUACUGCCAAAGCAGCUUUUUAGGAUCUGUUUGUCAAAGAGCGUCAGCUGUGUCUAUAACAGGAAUAGUAACCUGAGAGAAAAGUGUAAGAUACUAUAUGCAUGUGAAGAGCCUAAAAGUCAGAAAAUGUUUGUGGAAAGCAGUGUAGUACUAACUGUAUUUUCUUAUUUGCCACGUUCACCUCAUAUCGGAUUUACUGUAAAUACAAGACUGCAGCUGAGGGACAGUUACCUUCAUGGCAGAUACCUAGUUGCAGUUACAGACAAGGACAUGGGAUUAUCGUUUUUGUAGUAACUCAACAAAAUUGUGUCAGCUGAGAGUAAGCAGAGCAACAAAUCCACAGAUAAUUGGGAAACUAGUCACAGUCAGACAAUCAGCUCUGCUUAAAAAAUAAAGUAUUAUCUGCUGCAGGUUGUUAAUGGUUGAUCUUUAGUAAUCUCCCUCUGUCCCAACAAGUUAAAAUAUUCCAAGCUGUAGCAACAAGCGUCAUUCUGUUUUCCCUCCCUCAUGUCUUCCGAUAUGACUUGAAUGCAGCAUUAGCUUGUUGCCAGUGUUCCAACAGCACCAGCAAACUGAAUUCCCAUGUUCAAAGUGAGAUCUCUUCAGAACACACUGAAGUCUUGGUAAACGAAGAAAGGUUCAAUUAAGAAGCAGACACAAUGAAAGGUUUCGUGGUGUUUAGAAAGACCUUUCUGUGACUGAAAGGUCACUGGUUUUUUUCCUACAACAGAAAGUGUCCAUACUUGGGGAAGUUUUGAACAACACUGGUCCCAGAUUUUGCGUUCACACCACAAGCAACAUAGUGUAUGUGUUGCAUUUUUGACAAAUCAACAGCUAAUUUAGGCUAAUGCUCCUGAAAUCAUAUCAAUAGGGAACAAAAUAUGAGCCGUGAUCUAGCCAUGAAGUUUGGCUGAGUUUCCCUUGUUGCUCAGCUCUGUAGGAAGCAAAAGCUCCUCAUGAUUUGUUGAUUGCGUUGCUUGCGCUGUGAAUACAGCUUUAGCAAUCUCAGUGCACUGGAAAUGGUUGAUCCAUGUGGGGAUAUCAAGAGAGCAAGAACGCAAAGACCUAAUUGCACUGUGUUGCAUAUGGCAACUGCGCGUCCUGAAAUUCCAACUUCCAUAAGAAGAGAACAGAUGUGUUCACAGCUGGUGACGCUGGUGCCCACGUAUUAUGCUGCCCACCCGAGCACUGUAAUGCUGUGUAGUAAAACGAAUGUCCUACUUUAAUACUUUCGAUCAAGUCGUAAAUUGCUCCCUGUAAGUUGUCUUGCGCUCCAUAUUGCACUCAUAUACAGUUAUGCUGCACUAAAAGAGAAAUGGCCAUACUUCACCCCAAACGUCUUUAUAAAACUGCUGCAAUUCAAUAAAUUUAAUUAUGGUUGAAUGUAAUUUCCUCUGUGGGCCUUAAUAAGGUAUAAAUGACCAAAACCCAUCUACAUUAUAGUGUAUUUUCUACACAUGUAGCCCAUGAGCAAUAUACUCUCUCAUAUUUAAAUGCAGAUAUACAGGGAAACGUAUUUCUUGUGGUCAGAUUAACAGUCCAUCCUAUGAUACAUUGCCUUAAAUGUGAUGUAAUUAAUGAAGUACAGUUGUACAGUGAAUACUUGAGAGUAUUAUAUGAAGCUGAUACACCUUUGUGUUAAAUAUGACUCACCUUUUUUCUCUUAUCAGUGUAAACUGUUCCACUUGUGUCCUAACGUGUCUGUACUGAAAUGUUAAAGCAAUGAGCUCAUUCUGUUCUGUCCAGUCUCUCCAUUAACUCAUUCAAGCAACCAGUGUGUUAAAACUGGCUGAAGGAAAACUACUAACACUGCUAAUUAAUGAAUGCUAAUCAAGUCUACCUGUAUGUACAGCCGUAUCGUGUGCACUCACUCACAUGUACUGGGUAAACAUAUCGUGUGACAAUUUAACUGUCUGUUGCUAUAAAUGUCAGUGUUGUUGGAUAUUCUAUUCAUUCCACGUGUUGAUUUUUGUAAAGGUCACCCUGCUGUGCUGUUGAUCAGUUUUUGUCUCGAAAACCUGAAGCUAAAAUCUGACCAAAUGGUGUCCUGCCUCAGAUGUCCAAACAAAGCCAAACACAUUUUAAUAACAAAUGUAGUUUUUCAAUGCAAUCAUGAACAAAAAAAGAGAAAAAAAGAAAAAACCUUAUUGUUUUUCCUGCUUUGAAUAGUUGAAUGUGAAUUCAGACUCAUGAAAAUAGAUGUCCAGCUGUGUAGCAGUGGCUCUCAACAAUGUACCAUCUUUACCCAAGACUAAUUACAACCAAACACCAAGCCACAGAGGAAAUCCUCUAUGGUUUAUGGUGAAAGGAGAUCAAACAACUGCUGUUGUUUGUCUGGAUGAAUUCUGAGGGUAUCAGUGGAUCAGCACUGUUGAGAAAAACUGCUCUGAUAUUUACUGUAAAUAAGAUCAUUUUUGAAAGAUUUGCACACUGUUCUGUUCCAGUUUUAUGAAGCUCUUGAUAUCGGGCUUGCUUUUGGACCUGGACUUGGUCUCGCUUAUAUUUCCAUAUGGUGAGGAGCCAGUCUGGUUUGAAGCAGCCCCAACACCAGAUAAACAAACCCAGGUUGUUAUGGCUUUAUUGGGCCUUGUGUGUUGAGGUUACCUCUUGUUAGACACUGACUCAGUCUGUUCAUUUAGUUUCUCAGACUCAAUCUCCCACAAUUUACCUUGUUCACCAGCAUUUCAUGCCGAUAUUAGUAUUAUCAUAUAUAUUACCAUGUCUGUACCUUUCUUAUAGCUUUGGCUAAUGAAUAACAUUGAUACUUUAUGAAUGUUGACUUAUCCUGUUUGCACUUAAUCAGUGGAAAGAGGGACUACUUUCAUUCACUAUGCUCACUGUACAUCACGAGGGAAACAGACUGUUGUACAAUCACUUUCUACCUAAUAACGCUGCCCCCUGCUGGUUUCAGACCACCUAGACCAAAAGGUAAAGCCAAGCUCCCCUUUCAAAAGGAGCACUGGUUUUCAUAUAUUAUUCUUUGUCAAGCGCAUACAAGGUUUCUGUUGAUAAUGUAAAUGCAUCUGUUCUUUUUUUUUUUUUUUUUUUUUUCAUUUUUGCUGGUGAUAUUGUCAUUAUAAAUAUACUUUCUUGGUAUUUAAAUGUUAAAGUAUACUAGUAGAGCAACCCUGUAAUGGUUUGAUGAAAGUAAGGGGAAUACCACUGAAUUUCAGCAAUGUGUUUCCUCUUUAAUCAGAACUAAGACCUGAGUAAAAUGAGCUAAUUAUUCCUUGUGUAGAUGGAGCAGGAAUAACAGCAGUGGUCAUGGAAGCAUACAGCAAAAACUGCAGCAUCUGUAAUGGUUCAAGGCAGCAGUUCCCAACCUGGUGGUCAGGACCCCAAAAAGGGGCCACAGGAUUAAUGUAAGAGGUCCUGAGGUAAUUAACACAAUGAGAUAGAAUCAAGAACAUGAUCUGUGACACAAAAUACUGUUUAUUCUGUCUUGUGAAGCUGCUGCUUUAGAGGUCCCAAUCAUUGGUGUCACAGAAUGACAUGAUAAAUAAUGCAUACUUGAAAUGUUGUGGUAUUCUCCUUAUUAUACAUUGUACCGCAAAACCAUGAAGCUAAUUGUCCAAAUGUAAGCAAUACAUUUGUAUGUAAUUUGGUUAAAAAUGCUCAUUCUAAGAACAAAAGGAAAUGUGUUAUAGUAUUUGAAUCCAAAUAGAGAUAAUUAGGAGUGGAUCUGACAUGCACCAAUAGCCUUAUUGAUUCUGUUGCUUAGCAUCACAUUUAUUCGGUGUUUCUUUCCUUUUUACUUGCAUACCUGUAUUUAGAAAGAGUUUUAUUUCAAGACCAGAUUUGUCAGAGGUUAAAUUAAAAUAGAUGAAUUAAUUUAAUAUUAUUAUUUCUGUAAACACACACAACUGUUAUUUAAAAAGGAAAUGUUCAGGGGUUGAAAAUUGUUUUUAUUAAUUAAUAUGUGAUAGGGGUUUUUUGUUGUUGUUUUCAUGAUGUGUAGAAUCAAUACGCAGAAUGUAAAAGGCUUUGUAAAGGCCUGAAAGAGACUGGAAGAGAUGUCACUCAGUUUGGUGAAGGGUACUUGUAAAUGUCAAGAAGAAAUGUGGCCACGUGCCACCACUUCUGUUUUUUAGAGUCGUCUUGGAAAGCACUUAACAGCUAACACUCUGAGCUUCUGACAGUGUUUAGCUGAGAAAUGACAGCAGAUUUGUGCAGUUUCAGUUAUGAGGGAGACAUCAUCUGAUUGGUUGAGUUAAUCAUUAAGAGCCAAAAAGAAAAAAAAAAAAAAAAAACAAGCAGUUUUUGUGAACUCAGUGGAAAAAGUGAGGUGUUUUGCCACCAGAGAAAUGAAUCAG